CUUAUUUCUAUAUAUUCCGCUCUCUGGAUCAGCCAACCCGCACCUGUGGCAUUCUCACCAGCUUGAUGUACUUUCAUAACAAAUUUUGCCAGUUCAAACUCCCUCCAAAGCUAUCGAGAAUACCACCCAGAUGGACAGUUUCUUGGUUUAGCCGGAAGGUAUCCCGGCUCAGCCCAACGACAGGGGUGUCUUCUUAGUGAGCACUAGCCUUUCCCUAUCUUACAGCUUCCCCCAAUGGUAGAAAGGUAAUACAGGCGAGCUAUAGACAUCCUUUUCGAUGGCUAGAUUGAGCAUAGCCUAGCAUGGCUGCGGGUGUAUAAAGUGUGGAAACCGGUUAUCCGACCACAACAGACGAGCUGCUAGCUCUGCGCAACGGCUGAGGCGGAGUACCCUCCCAUAUUACGCCAGGGGGAAGCCCGCGUCUUUAAAAGACCCUAAGUCGCUGCUGGUCGCUGCGACUAGUUAUCUGGCACUCGAUAACUCCCACCCAAGAUGGCUCACCCGGGGCGUGUAUGGAGCAGCCUGCUACUCUCAUUGCUGCUCUUCACUUCGCAACAGUCUCUCGUCUACGCCGAUGGAUUCACCUUCCCAACCGAUGAUGUAUAUCAAUUCAUUGUCGGAGACCUGGUCAAUGUCACCUGGGAUUGGGUGUCACCACGCAUCUCGCUCUAUGAAGUCUGCUCCACGGCCGUCCUUCUAGAAUCCAAUGUCUCCGACACACAAAGCUACGUCUGGAACGCCACCCGUGACAACUACAAGGAGUCAGGCUGUGUAUUCGAGCUUGUCCCCCUCACGGCCGACGGCUCUCUCAACCCUCCCAACCUAACCAGCGUCAUCAUCGGCGUCAGCAAGCGAUACGCCGAUGACCCAGCACCGACAUCCUACAACUUCGGAGGCACAUCCUCCUCGACCGCGACCUCCUCCGCCACUGCUUUUCUAUCAACGACAACAGCAUCCUCAUUCACUACAACCGCAACUGCCAACCCAUACACCGCAACCGCAGAACCAGCAUCGGCGACAACAUCGUCCUCCACUGCCAACGAAACACCCACAUCCAUCGCAAAGGCAGGUCUCACCACCGCCCAGAAAGUGGGGAUCGGGCUCGGAGUGCCGCUGGGGGUCCUAGCACUAUCACUGGCCGGGGCAUUGAUCUUCAUGUACCGCCGUCGGCAGCGACGAAGACGCGAGGGUGAAUCGUCUGCACAGUUACCAUUACCGCCAUCGCAGCAGCAGAGCUCACAGCAUCUGUACUAUGCGGUUCCGCCAAUGGCCGAACAGCCGAAAUCCCCGUUUGAUGGGUCACGGAUGUCGCGGGUGUCCGGAGCAGAGACGCUGAUUGCGGAGCUCCCGGCGGCGGAGGUCGAAGCCCCGUCGGAGAGGGGGGAUAGUCUGCGGCCGGUUAGUGAGCUCAUGGGUACACCGAGGAAUGAGUUAACUUGACGGCGAGGGAUGUUGGCUGAGGUGCAAGGUGGGGCUUAUUGAUUAUGAUUUGAAGUUUGAUGAUGGAUCGUGAGCUGGACCUUGGAUUACGGAUAUAUAAUGUCUGCAUAACAUGAUGAAAAUAAUUUGGAUGUAUUGGGGGUUCAGUCUCCGUUGUAUAUACUGGUGGCACACCAUGUGACUGGAACAAUU